AUGCAGGGGGCCGAGCUCCGGGAUGGCGAGGCGGCGGCGGCCGCUUCGUACCGCGUCCUGAGCCGCCUGCUCGGCUAUGGAGAGGCGGCCCCGGAGCCAGGCCCGCCGCCGCCGCCCCCCGGCCAUGGCCCCCAGCCGCCACCUUUCCUCGCGCGGCCGGGCCCGCGGGGCUCCCGGCCACCGCAGCUGAUGGUGUUCCGCAACGUGGGUCGGCCGCCGGAGGAGGAGGACGCGGAGGCGGCCCCGGAGCCCGGACCCUCGGAACUGCUGUGCCCCCGGCACCGCUGUGCUCUGGACCCCAAGGCCCUGCCGUCGGGGCUGGCGCUCGAGCGGACCUGGGGCCCGGCGGCUGGACUAGAGGCACAGUUGGCGGCUCUGGGGCUCGGGCAACCGGCGGGGCCGGGGGUCAAGAUGGUCGGUGCGGGUUGCUGCCCGUGCCCGUGCCCCGCGCAGCCGCCCCCUCCGCAGCCUCAGCCGCCUGCUGCCACCCCGCAGGCCGGGGAGGACCCCACGGAGACGAGCGACGCGCUGCUGGUCUUGGAGGGCUUGGAAUCCGAGGCCGAGAGCCUGGAGACUAACAGCUGCUCGGAAGAGGAGCUCAGCAGCCCGGGCCGCGGAGGAGGAGGGGGCGGCCGGCUUCUGCUGCAGCCCGCAGGCCCCGAAUUACCCCCCGUACCCUUCCCGCUGCAAGACUUGGUUCCCCGAGCGCGCUUGAGUAGAGGGGAGCAGCCGCAGCAACCUCUCCCGCCCCCGCCGCCUCCGGGGCCCCUCCGGCCACUCGCGGGUCCUUCUCGGAAGGGCUCCCUCAAAAUCCGUCUCAGUCGCCUCUUUCGUACGAAGAGCUGCAACGGUGGAUCCGGCAGUGGUGAUGGGACCGGCAAGAGGCCUUCUGGAGAGCUGGCUGCUUCAGCUGCGAGCCUGACAGACAUGGGUGGCUCUGCGGGCCGGGAGCUGGACGCGGGGAGGAAACCCAGGUUGACAAGAACUCAAAGUGCCUUUUCUCCGGUCUCCUUCAGCCCCCUUUUCACAGGUGAAACAGUGUCGCUUGUGGACGUAGACAUCUCUCAGCGGGGCCUGACCUCUCCACAUCCUCCAACUCCCCCUCCUCCUCCAAGAAGAAGCCUCAGCCUCCUAGAUGAUAUCAGUGGGACGCUGCCUACAUCUGUCCUUGUGGCUCCAAUGGGGUCUUCCCUGCAGUCCUUCCCCCUGCCUCCGCCUCCUCCACCCCAUGCCCCAGAUGCAUUUCCCCGGGUUGCUCCCAUCCGAGCAACUGAAUCCCUGCACAGUCAGCCCCCCCAGCACCUCCAGUGUCCCCUCUACCGGCCUGACUCAAGCAGCUUUGCAGCCAGCCUUCGAGAGUUGGAGAAGUGUGGUUGGUAUUGGGGGCCAAUGAAUUGGGAAGAUGCAGAGAUGAAGUUGAAAGGGAAGCCAGAUGGUUCUUUCCUGGUACGAGACAGCUCUGAUCCUCGUUAUAUCCUGAGCCUCAGUUUCCGAUCACAGGGUAUCACCCACCACACUAGAAUGGAGCACUAUAGAGGAACCUUCAGCCUGUGGUGCCACCCGAAGUUUGAGGAUCGCUGUCAAUCUGUGGUAGAGUUCAUUAAGAGGGCCAUCAUGCAUUCCAAGAAUGGGAAGUUUCUCUAUUUCUUGAGAUCUAGGGUUCCAGGACUGCCGCCAACUCCAGUCCAGCUGCUCUAUCCAGUGUCCCGGUUCAGCAAUGUCAAAUCCCUCCAGCACCUUUGCAGAUUCCGGAUCCGACAGCUCGUCCGGAUAGAUCACAUCCCGGAUCUCCCACUGCCUAAACCUCUGAUCACUUAUAUCCGAAAGUUCUACUACUAUGAUCCUCAGGAAGAGGUAUACCUGUCUCUAAAGGAAGCGCAGCUCAUUUCCAAACAAAAGCAAGAGGUGGAGCCCUCCACGUAGCGAGGGGUCCCCUGCUGGUCACCACCGAGGGCAUUUGGUUACCAAGCUCCAGUUUUGAAGAACCAAAUGAAGAUGCCAUGAAAAGAGGAAUAAGGAAAACAAAAGGGAAUAGGAAGGGUCAGGAUGCUCUGCGAAAAGACUCUCGUUCCCCUACACGGCCCUGGGGCUCGGAAGAAGCACACAACCAUAUUCUCUGAGCAGGGGCUUCACCUUUCACAUCAGCCCCUGUGGUAUCCUGGAACUGGGUGAGCUCCUUGGAAAACUGGAAGAAGUCUGAACACUGUUUCUUUUUUCAGAAGUUUUUUUUUUGGUAUUUCUAUUUCUCGGUAUGGAAAACUCAUCUUAAAGGCAGCUGGGGUUUGUGUUCAUUGGAUUGGAAGUGAUAUGAAAGAUGAGUAGGUCCAAAGGAGGGAAGGGGAGGAGAGGGGACUGCCAGUUACUGUCAUUCAGCUGGUGCCAAAGGCAGAGUUAGCCUCUUCAUCAAGACCUUGACGAAGGGAGGAAAGGGUCAGAGAAGUCCAAAACAAGAUGGGGAGUUUGCCAGGGAAUGAGAAUCUGCUUCUGCAUAGGCAGUUUCACCAGGAGUAGGAAAGAAAGGACGGGGGUAGUCUUGAAUAAAAGAUUAUUGGACAAAAUCUGGCAGAUGGCCUUUGCUAGGGGAAGUAGUGAAUCCACAUCCUUUCCUUUUAAAGUUUAGGAACCUGAUUUCAGAAUCAUCUCUAUAGAAGCUCCAUUCAUUUUGUUUUACUUAAUUCCUAAGCUCUGUGACCUCAUGUUAGCCCUGUUCUUCCCCUGCCUCCAAUCCAUCCCUCCUCGUGAUUUCAUGGUAACAUUAUCCCUAUGGUUUCCGCCAGCUGUCAAGGCAGUCGUUUUUUCUCAUCACCAGAGCAGUUCAGAGCUCCAGUCACGGGCUGCUAAGGUUAAUGGAGCAUGCCCUGGAUUUUUAAUGGCAAAUCGUACCCACAGCUCAGGAGUCAGUGUUACCUCCAUCUGUCUGUCACCUGGUGAGAGGGAAUAUGGAGGAAGGAGACAAAUAAAGCUAUUGUAGUCGUGCUGUUUCUAGAGAAAGCUCUUCUCCAGUGUCUCAGCCUUAAUGGGAUUGCCUCAGCUCAGAGGAGGACAGCAUUACAUUGCAUGGUUUUAGGCUUAUCACUGUUGUCCCACUUUCGGGAAGGGCGGUAGCAAGGGCUUCUUUCUUUCCCUCAGUAUUCUUUCUAGCAAGCAAAACAUCUCCUGAGUCAGAGUCUUUUUGGCCUUCAUUCUCUGGGAAAUCUGUCAGAUGCUGAUUUGGAAGUUGCCUAUCUUCCAGGAAGAAGUGGAAGAGGAAGAAGGAAAGCUUCAAUGCUUUUCAGUGGUCUUUAAUUUUUUUCUGAAGUGGACCAUUGCCAAACCAUAUAACAUUUUGAGUUUUGCUUUCCCAUAGGGUUGCUCUGGGGAGAAGUUUGCCAUUGAGAUGUGAAAAUGGCACUGUUGCCUCUUUAUUACUCUUUUGCCGUAGCUAGUCCAUGAGACUGCCUCUUUUGGUUCCCCUCUGCUUGUAUCUGCCUCAUCUCACAAGAUAAAUAAUAAUGUCAGGUUUGUGGUUUCCUCAUGGCUUAGGGUGAGGCCCGUGUCUUGGUAAUUGCAGUACUGUCUCAUCUAGAAGCAUUGGCCUUGUGUCUUAUGUUCCAUGUGAAAUGACCAGCCUCUAGUCGUGCAGCCUAGCUGUAAAGGGGUGCCCACAAGAUGACCUUUGCAGCGUAUACACAGCCCCCCUUUGGUUUGUCAUGCAUACCUCUUUCCUUGGCUUCUGUGGUAGUAUCAGCCACUGAUUAAGAUUGCGAUCCCGGAAAUUGGUUUAACCUGUAAGUCUUGCCUCUUGAGGAUACAGAUAACUUACCAUAUUGCAGAAAGUGUUACUCCAUUGUGCAGCCUGAAGUCAGGAAUCCGUUGAGAUCCUUUAGGGUUGGUAAUGCGCCUACCUGAGAUCUUUUUUUUCCCAUUUCAGGCACCCAUUUAUUAUUAUUAUUUUUUUUAGUGUGUGGUGUUUGCCUGGUUCUGGGCCAGAUACAGUGGAAAAUAGAAGAAGCAGAAGACUUGAUCUCUAGCCUAAGGGAGCUUUGAGGUGGCUGCCACACAUACAGUAAUGAGAGAAUGACCCAGUGUCAGAGAGAAUCGGGCUGUCUUGAAGAAGUAGGUAAGGUCAGGGUAGACCAGAUGUUCUGAUAAGGCUUUGCGGUGAUAGAGUUUUGUUUGGGUCUUGGAAGAUGGAUAACUUUUGGGUAGGUAGGCCAGGGCAAGGUACUGAGAUGAGAAAUACAUGAACAAUUGCAUGGCAACAGAAAUCUGUGUGGCAUGUACUGAACAGUAUACAGCCCCAAGUUCAAGCAGCAUCAUUAAAAAACCUGAUCUGGACUGAAAAAUUUCCUGGUCAUCGGGCAGGUCUGAAUGCGGAGGGGUUAUGAUGGUGAGGUGGAACCCAAAGCCGAAGUCAGCAGGGCCCUGCCCAUCACCAAGGACCUCAGUGUUCUCAGCUCACUGUGGAGGGAGGCAGAGCUCCUAUACCAUGGUGCUGAGGGUUUCUAUUGGAGAAUCUGUCACCCAGGUACAAAAACAAACCAGCUAAGGAAGCGUGACCUGCCCUUCCCACCCACCUUCUUUCUCCUCCUGGGAAGGGUGGUGUUUACUUGUGUCCAUAUCUGUUUUAGUCACAGCCCAGGUUGCAGCCAAGCCAUUCCUCGGUAGAGUGGACUGGAAAACAGACUAGUGGAUGAGAAGACAGUCUCCAUCCGGCACCGGGCCCCAGUGCCUGUGUGGGGGCCUUGCGUGGAACAAGUUAGGAAAUGGUGAGGAGAAGGAGAUGGGAUGGGGCAGUUGUCUGAAGUGCUGACCCGGUCAAAGAGAGUAUAUAGCCAAGGGAGGAGAUGCAGCUGGGCCAGCAUGCCUCCUCCUGGGCCCACCCAGCCCCUUUCCCAGUGUUGUGUGGUGGUCACGGAAACAUAGUCUACAGAAGGGGUUGCUGUAUUUUAAAGUUACAAACUGGAAAAGGUUCUCACUUCUGGGGACCUGUUAUUGAUGUCUAAGUUGUGGGCGGUGAUGCCAGUACCCUCAGGCAGCCUGGAGAGGGGCCGGGCAUAUGUAACCCUCACUUGUUUGUGAUUGAUCUACUGUCACCUUUCUCAGGACAGGUGUGAACCAAUGUGAGCUAGUGACAACUACUGCAAACCUUGCUAUUACUUGAAAUGUGUGUGCUGUGGCAGGGAGCACAGGAGCAGGGAGGGCGGUAGGAGUUUUGACGUAGGGGACUAGAUUAGUGGGUGACAACUGGCUCUUAGGGAGUUGGGUGAUUACCUUGGCCUGGUGCCUGCCUGUGCCUAAAUGUACUGAAUGUAACACUCUGGAAUGAGAGCUGGGGCCUGCCGUACCCUGGCCUUCUGAGAGGAAAGGCUUGGGAGCUUACCUCCAUGGCUUCUCCUCCUUCCUUCUUGCCUAUUUUUCACUUGAUUAUGUGAGCCCCUUAUGAAGGUUGGGAGUGAUGUGGAGAUAGCUGCAAACACCCCUACAAUCCAUAUCCAAGAAGAAUUAGGGGGUGGGGGUGGUUAGAGUUCCCAGAUCCAGGUGUGAGAGACUAGAGUAGAGCCAGAAAUGCCCUGGAGUGCCAGCCUUUUCAGCCAGGGGCAGAUUAAUCCACAAGCAAGGCAUGGGCUUACGUUAAACAAGGUAUGCACGGGAUCACUUGGGUUUACUUACUAACCUGUAGUGCAUGAUUUUACAUGGUUUCACCACAUCUUUGAUUUGAAAAACAGGUGAAAUUGUACACUACAGAUUAUUAAGUACAGGUAAGCCCGGGCGUACCUUACUUGUAAGGCUAAUCUUUCUUGUUUUUUAGCCCUCACCCCUGGGCCCCCAGAAGAGCAUGAAGGGCUUGCCUGAAGUCCUGUGGUCCCAGCAGGAAGUGGGUGGGGAUAGGAGGAACUUUCUCCUUAGGCUAGAUCUUUUUUCUGCUGCCCCUCCCUUAGCUUUUGAGCUCUGUAGUUGGAGAACAAGGCAUGGAAUACGCUCUAUGGCUGCUGUAAGGUCUAAAAAUUGUGUGUGUCUGUCUGUCUCUCUUCGUGUCUUCAUUUGCAGAAGUCAUGCCACCGGUUGGGCUGUUGAGAGCAUCUCCGUUAGGGGAAGACCUGAAAUUUGUUUCCCACUUUUAAGAGAAAGACGUGCCCCCUGUCCCUAAGGGAGGAACUUUUGUGUUAGACAUUUUCCCUAUGGGAAUCCUUGGUUUGGCUUGUGGGAAAGGGGGAAAUGGAUAAGUGAUUUUUAUCUCUACUCAUCAACACAGCUGUUCUUACACUGAAUUUGUGCUAUUGCAUACAUGUAGCCAUCUUUCUUUUCACUGCAGCAGUGUUUAUCUGUAGUUCAAAAUGAUUUAUUUGCUCCUGGGGAGUAAAGCCUUUUUUAUUAAAAAAAGAAAGAAAAAAAAAAGAAAGAAAUUCCUUCCCCACUAUGAUAGUUAUGGGAUUAUUGGGCCACAAAGCUCAAGAAGGCAAGAUCAAGCCUGCAAGUCCCCAUGAUAGAUCCUGUUUUGACAUUGGAACCUUCAUUCUCAGCACAAAACUACAGGAGGCCUCGAGAAGAAUGCAGAGUCUUGGGAGGUGUGAGAUGGGGUGGGAUCUUAGAGACAGAGGUGCAGGGGACUAAGGUGCUGCAGUUAAAAUAGAGUAAUGAAUUGUAUUUAAGGUAUGGAUUCUCUAACCUGCCAGGGAACGACCUUUCUUUACAUGCAGAUUUCAUAUUGUCUUUGUCCUUUUCAUUGCUUCUUACCUUCUUGGUAGGUGACCUUUCUUUCUGUUCCCUUUGCCCUAGCCCUCCCCACUCCCAUCUACCUCCCGGGAAGCCGGUCCUCCGGGAAGCCGGUCCUCCGGUCCUGCGCAUGCUGAGUUUGUUGACAUGCCUUCAUUCCCAUUUCACUUCGCUUUCGAGGGUACUGGAACUGCCCCCUUCCCUCCCGUACCCCCUCUUCGACAACGCCAAGAGGCAUCAAGGGGCAGGCACAAGGCAGCUAGCUGUGGUGGGAAGACAGGAAGGUCUGUUGCAGCUGGACUGAGAUCAUAGUUGCUCCUGGAAAUAAAGCGUAGGGAGAACUUAAGACACGCUUCACAAGAAUCCAGGACAAUCACAAAACGCACAGCCCCGCACAGAGCUGGCUCUUAGCUCCCUAACCAGCUCAGGUGGAGCGGGAAGGCUGGUCCAACUACUCCAUCCUAGGUGCUCCCUUGAACAGGGACCUGCCCUCACGGUUACGCCCAGAACCUUUUCCCAGGGUCAAGGAUGAGUCCGGCACUGCUCUCUGGGUGGGCUGGUUGGUUGGUGGAACGUUGAAACUGGUGCUGCCUGUGACACAUCUACCGAUACACAUUUUUUGGUUGUUUUUAAGGAAUUCAAUGAUGAGGGGUGUCAUUCUAGAGUUGAAGUGGCUGUCAGGUCUUUACCAGAAGGGGAGCCCCACCCCCCUGCAACCACUUCUGUCCUCUUUAGCUGUCCCUGCCCUCCUCCAAGCCAAAGCGUGGCCUGGCUUUUGUCUUCCCAUUUAGUUUUCCUUCUUUUUGUGAUUAAUUUAUUAAAAUAGUUACUGUAUAAUUUAUUUUCAUAAACUAUAAAAAAAAUUACUAAAUGGUUAAAAUAGACUUGCAGGCCAAUCUUAAAUGGGGUGGGAGGGUCUGAGGGUGGGGUGGGAAAAGGGAAAGAUGUUUUGAUAUAAACAAAACAAAUGCACUUUGGGUGUGUUUUGGUAUUUUUCUGGGAAUAGAGGGGGUGGGUGCUGGGAUGUCCCUGUAGAUUAGUUCCAGAAUGGGGUGUCUGUAUAUACUGUAUUAAUAGGCAUGUUUGACUCUUGUAAAGGGACAUUAGUAGCUGCUGCAGGUCCUGUUUGGAAACUCCAUGUACAAUUCCCGGUUUUUUGUGUCAGUGCGGGAGACGUUUGACUCUUGUGUUUGUAUCUCCUUUUUAUGAUUGCUGUACCGACCCAUGUCUUUUUGGGGAGGGGUGAAAAGAGAUUUGAAAUAAAAAUGUUUAGAAAUUACUUCAUAUUACCUGAGUUUCUGUUUCUCAGUCCCUCACCCAUCUCCUAUGCCUAAUCACUCCCCCAACAGGGUCAGAUGACCCACCACCAGAGGCUGAGAGAAUCCCUGUGAUUUCAGCCCAGCAGAGCUCCCUCAAAACUGGUCUUGCUGGAAGUGGAGAUGCUGAAAAAUUUCUGAGACUGAUGGCCAUUGCUCAAAGCUGCCUUCUUCCCCAGGAAGUACA